UUUUCCACCACAAGAAGUCCCCUCCUCCCCUCCUCACCACUUCCUUGCUCUCUUACCCUCCCUUUUCAUAUCCCUUCCCACCCCUUCUCUCUCCCUUAGCUUCCAGCCCACCAAAUGUACGCUCUAACCCCACAUUGCCACCUCUCAAAGGUCCUACGCCUCUCUCGAACGUGUCGUGCCACCGCAACCUCGCCAGCUCGAACUUCGACCGCCGAUCGACGCCGCCACCUUCCCAUCACCACCACCACCCCGGCCACCGCUAAUGAUUACUCCUCACUCCGCUCGACGUGGGCUCACCGUGCAUGGGUUGCCACCGGCUUCGCCUCAGUGCUCACCACCCUAGCCAAGUCGGUCUCCGCCGCAGUCGACUCCGGCUCCGCCUUCGAACCCCUCCUCGCCGCCUUCCUCGGCUACAUCCUCGCCGACCUCGGCACUGGCGUCUACCACUGGGCCAUCGACAACUACGGCAGCCCCUCGACGCCGAUUUUCGGCCCCCAGAUCGAAGCAUUCCAAGGGCACCACCGCUGGCCGUGGACGAUCACCCGGCGGGAGUUCGCCAACAACCUGCAUGCCCUUUCUCGCGCCGUGACCUUCGCCGUCAUGCCGAUCGAAUUCUUCGCCGCCGCCGAUGACGCGGCGGUGCAUGCAUUCGUCGGGGCGUGCGCGGGCUGCGUCAUGAUGAGCCAGCAGUUUCAUGCAUGGGCCCACGGGACGAAGAGCCGGCUGCCGCCGGUGGUGGUGGCGCUGCAGGACGCCGGAGUUCUGGUCUCGCGGGCGGAGCAUGCGGCGCACCACCGGGAGCCGUACAACAGCAACUACUGCAUAGUUAGCGGGGUUUGGAACGGGCUGUUGGAUGAGUGGAAGGCGUUUGAGGCGAUGGAGAUGGUGGUGUUCUUUAGGUUUGGUGUAAGGCCGCGGUCGUGGAGCGAUCCAGAGUUGGAGUGGAAGGAAGAAACUGGUGGUGUGUCUUCGGAGUAGGGGUACAUGUUUUGGAUUCCAUAGUGGAAGAAUAUUAUUCUUUGGGAUGAUGCUUGAUGCAAAACUGGAGCGAACUGCCAUUUUCUCUCUGUUUUUUUGUUUCCUUCUUUUAUUCUUUUCCUCUACAAAUUAACCAACAGGUCUACAACUUUGGCUACAUGGUGAUUGGCCAAGAAAUAAUCAAUGCGAGAGAUCCUAAUACAUGGUAUAAUAGGGUUGUCGGUUGAAUGCUGAA